UCUCUGUAACCGGAAGUACUAAAUAACUGGUAAACAAACGUUCAGACACAGUCAAUAUGUGACCAUUUUCAAACACCUCCUAAUAACCAUGUCUGGGUCAACUCAAGUAAGGGAAACCAUAGAACUGCUAUCAACAAUACUGAACGAAAAUGGAGCAUCACUUGUCACCGCAGAAACAUUUCGCUUGGCAAAGUUCAACAAUUACGAAGCGACACCCGCUUUGUGGAAGCUGUUGUUUGAGCUGGUAUACUUCAGCAAUUAUGGAGUAGUUGACGACUCUGCUGUCAAGGCCCAGAGGCAGCUUUCAGACGAGGAGAAGUGUGUCCUUGUCAAGCGAGAACUACAAAGUCGUGGUUACAUGUCACAUGACUUUGCUCACUUGCCAAAUGAUGCCUCAAGGGGGAAGUCGCGAACUAUUGCUGGCUAUGGCAUGGCUGGUGUGUAAAGAGACAUUGAUUGAGAGGUUCAUGGACAAGUGUACGUCUCCUUUGGAUGAAAACAUCUCACAGUGGUGUAAGGAGUGGCCUAAUUCUGCUUGUGAUUUGGGCCCUACUGCCAAGGGAGAUUCAGCUGCCCCAGCUGGUGAGAGAGUACAGAGGCUACUAGUGCUGAAUAGUAAACUACGACUCAACCUGCGGCGAAUGUACGCAGCUCAGCAACAUGAGGCUAAGCUUCUAAACAAGAUUGAAAACACCACCACAGGGAUAUCACUCCGAAAGAACCGUGACAAUUUAUCGGUGUUAGAAGUCCAUUUGCUGAGGCACCCACAUCUGCUGAAACGAAUGCUGGUGCUACUUGAUAAGGACAAUGAGCGCCUCCAGAACCUGAUGAACUGGCGACAACAUGAAGACAUAUUUUGGAAGUGGAUGGACAGUGUCCUUGACCUGAAGGUGAAGGCUGCAGCAGAAGACCGAGACCAUAGUGAGGCUCGGUCUGGUGCUGUUUAUCUUCAGACUCCACUUGAUGGACCUGUACAGAUGCAGCUGGCUAGACAGCAGCUAGUACAGUCCAUCCUCAGCUAUGAGAGCAGCAUACAGAACCUGGAACAGCUGUGGGAUACAAAGAGACAGGAAAUCAGCAACCAUGAGCUGGACAACUUAAUAGCAUCAAUCAACAUGGACAUAUCAGUCCACAAAGCUAACCUCAUGCUCACUGCUGCACAUGACAUAGCCGGAACACUGAAUCCAGAACCAUCCUUCAGACUGGCAAGUAAAACGCGCUUCCGGGGUCAGGCCAACGUGGCAAAUGUACUUCAUUCCCCCGGUGAGGGUGGGGACAGUUGUUGCACAGAUAUUGCCGGAGUGACGGAAGACCUGACACAUCAGAUCCAGGACAUGCGAACUCAACUCACCCACAUGCACCGGGAAUGUCAGAAGACGCUGAUGGGACUGGCCAGAAACAUACCCUCUGCUAUCUGUAUCGAACCAACAGCAGUCCGUGAAUCUGACCAGUAUGCAUAGAAUGUGAAUCUGCUGAUUUGUGAACUUCCACGUCCUCUGAUACAGUGUAGAAUGUUACCAUUAUUGUUUGAUACAUACCCUGGACCUUUCUCCACCAUAGGUCUGCUUCGGCUGUAACAUCAUAAUCUUCUUAUUUGUCACUGACACAGAACAGAAUUUCUCUCAUUCAUGAGCUUGAUAUCAUUAACCAGCCAAUAUGACUUCUUGAAAAGGGUUUGGCAGAAGUCCACUAUCAAACCUUUUAGGUUUAUUGACGGCUAUUUUAAGUGACAUGUCAUUCCAGCUGGACUCCAUGAUUCAAAGUACUGAUUUAGAUAUAUGAAUAAUACAGUGGAGUAUCGAGGAAGAAACAUCCAUUUACCUUUCCAUCAUAUGUAACAGCUUGUUCUUUAAUGUUACCAUUUAACAUGUCCCUGGGGAAUAAUACAAAUAAGACUUCUUUUAAUGAUAUUCUUCUUUCCUUUGAGUGUAUCCAAAGAACGCCAAGGGUACUUCAGCCCUAAAAAUGGAUUAGUGUAAUAUGGUGGAGUUUAUCAUACAAAGGUACCUUGAAGAGGGUCUUCUUUAGAGUUAUCUCCCUUCCAUGACCAGUGCCUCAUGGAAUCUGUGUUAUCAGAGUCUGUCAAAAUAUACUGCUGAAACAAUCUACCAGGCAUGUAUAUACCAUGCAGCAGUAGCCUAUUGUAUUGUAGACACCAGGUUGUUUUGUUAAGGGAUGUAGACAGUUGCUUUUAUAAUAAUAUGUAACACUCUAGACAAUGGGUAUUUGAAGAGUUUGACAAAUUUCCAACGAUUUCAUGCAGCUGACAAGAGUUUGGACGCUUAGAAAUCACUGGCCUCUCAGGAGCUUUGCUAACAGCUUUUACUUUUAAAAUUAUAUCUUAUUUCAUCAAUAUUUUCCCAAUUUCAGUAUUCAAAUAUAGGUAUUUUUUAUAUGGGAAAAAACAUAUGAAAACUGUUACUGGCAACUCGAAACACAUUCAUUUGAAAAUUUUCCAAAAGGUUUGCUAUCAUUGACAUCCUAGACUAGCAUAUUGUCUACAUAAUGCCUAAAAAGAAUUUAAAAUAAAUGGUGCAAUAUGAUACAUAUCAGCAUAUGCAAAUAUUGUUAUAUUAUUACACCAAGUCAUUUUUAUUUUUGGAGGCACAUUUCACGUAGUUUAAUCUGAUAAGAACAGUCGAGGUUUUUGCAACAUGACUUAGCAGUUGUAAUUAGCUGUGUACCGUUUGCCACAUAUUGUCACAGUAUUGCCAUACAGUGUUUUCUCAGUAUUGCCGCACAGUGGUUUGGUUGACCAUAAAUGUUGAUAUCUGUUAUGUUGCUGGGCGUUUGGGUAGUGGUUAAAGCGUUCACUCAUCACGCCAAAGGCCCCGGGUUCGAUUUGCGACAUGGGUACAAUGUGUGAAGCCUAUGUCUCGAGUGCCCCGCCGUGAUAAUGCUGGAACGUUGCUAAAAUUGACGUAAAACUAAACUCACUGUUAUGUUGCUACCUAGAGCAAGGUGACACACACUGAGACACAUACACCUUGGACACAUGUAUAGAGAUGCCAACCCAUGUGAUUUUAUAGUAUUCGCUACGAAAAAACAACACAAAAUACGUGACUUCGAUAGCAGUAAAAAUAUACAAAUUUUUAAAAAUAUUAAAUUAUAUUAUCAAACAGCAUACGCAAUAAAUUUCAAUCACAUUUUAUUUAAUAUCAAGCUAUAUAUGGAUACUUAUUACUGAUUUAGGUGAGUACAAUGUCAAUAACAAGGUCUUAGACAAUAUAUUUACAUAUUAUAUUUAAUAUGAAUAGUCUUUGGAAAAGUUAAUACUAAUUAUACUUUUGGCCAAAAAAUACUAAUUUUUUGCACCAGUUUUGGGCCAAAAUACUAUUUGGGCUAAAUUAGGGUUGGCAUCUCUGCAUGCAGCUGAUACCAGGCGUGGCACAGUGGUUGGUUGUAAUUUGUUGUCUGUUGACCAUGAUGUAGAUGAGUUGAACAUGCAACGGUGUUUUUCCUGCAUGUACUUUGUUCAUUGUUGUUUUUAUGCAUGAAACACUGCCGUUUAAAGGGAAUAUCUUAUAUGACAUAAACAUAUGGAUGCUUAUUCAUUCUUAUAGAGUACUCUUAAAAAUCUGGAACUGCAGUAAUAAGAUCGAAGACUCAACAGUUUGUCAACACCAACCACAGUAUUGUAAUUUUAAAGACACCACUUCAUCGAAUGCAAAUGUGAAGAUCAUUAUUUAUCUUGUGUAUGUAAUACUCAAAAAGACCUUUAUGGUCAAGCAAAGUUUUCUUAUUACUGUAGUUAAUUUGUCAUGGCUCACGAUUCUUAAAUAUUUCCAUACUUACUUUGUCAUGGCAUGACAAGUGAACUACAGAAAGAAAUCAAGUGGUGCUUCACAUCUUUUGAGUAAGAAAGAUGUAUUGAAAGGCUGUAUCCCAAAUGAUUUAAUGAGAGGUUUAACAAGUGCUGAGAUAUAUUUGUCAUGUUUAUCCUUUUGUAUAAAGGUAUUCCUACAGGUAAA